AUGAUCUAUCUAUCUAUCUAUCUAUCUAUCUAUCUAUCUAUCUCAGUCUUCAUAUCUAUCUAUCUAUUUAUCUAUCUCAGUCUUCAUACCUAUCUCAGUAUGUUCAUAUCUAUCUAUCUAUCUAUCUAUCUAUCUAUCUAUCUAUCUAUCUAUCUAUCUAUCUAUCUAUCUCAGUCUUUAUAUCUAUCUGAGUCUGUUCAUAUCUAUCUAUCUAUCUAUCUAUUUCAGUCUUCAUAUCUAUCUCAGUCUGUUCAUAUCUAUCUAUCUAUCUAUCUAUCUAUCUAUCUAUCUAUCUCAGUCUUCAUAUCUAUCUCAGUCUGUUCAUAUCUAUCUAUCUAUCUAUCUAUCUAUCUCAGUCUUCAUACCUAUCUCAGUCUGUUCAUAUCUAUCUAUCUAUAUAUCUAUCUCAGUCUUCAUACCUAUCUCAGUCUGUUCAUAUCUAUCUAUCUAUCUAUCUAUCUAUCUAUCUAUCUAUCUCAGUCUUCAUACCUAUCUAUCUCAGUCUGUUCAUAUCUAUCACUUGUUAUGCGCGACGUCUUCAUACCCAUCUAUCUCAGUCUGUUCAUAUCUAUCUAUCUAUCUAUCUAUCUAUCUAUCUAUCUAUCUCAGUCCUCAUAUCUGUCUAUCUCAGUCUGUUCAUAUCUAUCUAUCUAUCUAUCUAUCUAUCUAUCUAUCUCAGAUCUUCUUUCUAUCUACCAUGAGAUGAAAACAGUAAAAUCUAUCUAUCUAUCUAUCUAUCUAUCUAUCUAUCUAUUACAGUCUUUCUCUCAAAGAUGCCACGAAUUUAUUCGUCUAGAGAAUUCAUAUCAGAGCAACUCGAAGUCCAUAUGUUGA